GUCAGUGGGAGGGGUCAGUGCGGGGGGUGUGGCCUGCACUAGUACGUAUGGAGCUGUGAGGAAACAGAGCGGAGCGCAGUGCACGGGACCUCGGUAAUCUGCCCGCCCGGGGAUGCUGCUCCGGGGGUCUCCUCCUGAUCACCCGGUCACUGCACUACUCAGAUCAGAAGCAUCCAGGGAGGCUGUCAUCGUGUGCCGGUAGCUGCAGCUGGACUGCACAUGGCUACCGGUGUCAUAGCAGUAGUAGUCACUCUCUAGCUGUAGUUACCCUGCAGAGGAUCUCCGCCGUCUAUAGCUGGACCCUGACUAGUGGCGAGAAGAAUCGCAGGAUGGGGGGCAACCUCGGCUGUCAUCGCUCCAUCCCCAAGGACCCGUCAGAUCUGUGCCAGAAGAACCGCAAGUUCAGCGCCGCCUGUAACUUCAGCAACAUUCUGGUGAGCCAGGAGCGGCUGAACAUCAACACGGCCACCGAGGAGGAGCUCAUGACCUUACCGGGGGUCACCAGGCAGGUGGCGCAGAACAUCGUGGAGUACAGAGAGUAUAUCGGGGGCUUCAAGAAAGUGGAGGACUUGGCACUGGUCAGCGGGGUGGGGGCUGCCAAACUGGAGCAGGUGAAGUUUGAGAUCUGUGUGAGUAGUAAGAGUGGGUCUGCCCAGCACUCACCCAGCUCUCUGAGGAAGGACAUGGAGUAUGGGCACCAUAGUGGGCACCUGUCUGCAACCAGGAUCAACAUAAACACUGCAACAGCCUCCCAGCUGAUGAACCUCAGAGGGUUAACCGAUGAGAUGGCCCAGGAUAUUAUUCACUAUCGCACACAGCAUGGCCCCUUGAAGAGCAUUGAGGACUUAGUCAAGGUGGACUCCAUCACUGUCUCGUUUCUGGAUAAAGUAAGGAACCAGGUCUAUGUACAGAGGUCUAGGCCGCCGUCCACGCACACCAAUGGAGGUUUACACUUCAUGGCCAAACCUCAUCCCAGUCCCACCUCUCUAAGUUUGCAGAGUGAAGACCUUGACUUCCCACCUGGAGGACCAACUCAGCUCAUAUCUACAAGGCCGGCUGUAGAAGUCUUUGGUGGUGUCAGGGAAGGGAAGCCUGUGCUCAGGUUGGCCACAUGGAACCUACAAAACUGUAGCCUGGACAAAGCCAGCAAUCCCGGGGUGAGGGAAGUGGUGUGCAUGACCAUUCUGGAGAACAGCAUCAAGCUCGUAGCUGUUCAGGAGCUGACAGAUAAAGAUGCUCUAGAAAAGUUCUGUUCAGAAUUAAACCAGCCAUCCCUACCUAACAUUCGCAAAUGGAAAGGUGUCAGAGGGUCGUGGAAGUGCGUGGUUUCUGAAAAGCCAUCAUCCUGCCCCAGUGAGAAAGGAAUGUAUUCUGGAUUUCUGUGGGAUACAACAGCUGGCAUUGAACUGAAGAAUGUUAGUUUACAUGAAGCCUAUCAGAACAAUGGCAAUGGCAAGCACACAUAUUCACAACCUUACAUUGCGCAUUUUAAGGUUGGAGUCAGUGAUGUCACCCUGGUAAAUAUUCAUCUGCGCCCUCCCCCACAUGAGGGUGGAAAGCAACAUGGCGACGGCCACAAAUCAUCCACCUUUGGACAAACGCUGCAGGAGACCCUGAAAGGGGAAAAAGAUGUGAUCAUUUUAGGAGGAUUCAGCCAACCACCAGACAGCAAUAACUUUGAUUCUCUAAGAAAAGAAAAGUUCCAGAACUUGCUUCCAGCUAGCACACAUACCAAUAUCAGCACAAAAAGCCCUCAAGGCAACAGGUCCUUAGACAAUAUCUGGAUCAGCAAGAGCUUGAAGAAAGUGUUCACAGGUUAUUCUUUGGUGGUAAGAGAAGGGUUAACUAAUCCAUGGAUUCCAGAUAACUGGUCUUGGGGAGGAGUGGCAUCAGAGCACUGUCCUGUACUGGCAGAGUUCUAUCUGGAGAAAGACUGCAAUAAGAAGGAUCUAACCACUAAAGCCAAUGGUGUCACCGUGGAACGUAAUGAUGCUAAUACUAAGCAUGAAAGAUAAAAACAGGAAUGUAUCUCUUUCAUCUCUUCAGAGAUCACGGGAUAUUUACCCAUAUACUGACUAUACUGUGAACCAGAACUGUUACACCUAUAUAACUCAAAUUAUAACAUUUGGAUCCACAUGUUCCAUCGCCACUGAUGUUAAAAACCAGAUGUUGUAGAAUGCUGCUUCCUCUAACCACCUGCUUCUGCCUACCUGUGCGCCAUGCGCAGGCAAUGAACGAAAUAGAAAGAGAAUGUGAUCCUUGAACUGAUUCUUGAAAAGUAAUGCAAUAACAGCAAACUGUAAAUGAAGACCUCUAACACUAUCAGUGAUUCUUCGCAGUCAUAAUGUGACAUUUGCAUGCUUUUUUAUGUGUUAAGAGCGUUUUCAACUUUUUAACUAUGCACUUUUAACCCCUUCAAAGCUACUGGGGCCAGAUGGCUAAAUAAUGUGAUCAUACAGUGCUUCAAAUAAAAUACACUGAGAAUA